AAGCCAGAGCAGUGUACAAGACCUGCUUUUAGCCCAUGUCUCUCUUUCUUAAUAACCCGCACGCACACAAAAGGCAAUCAUGAAAAUGGGACUGUAGUUGGCUAGACCACACCCCCUGCCUGCCGCUACUGGCUCCAGCUCCUUACACCUCUCUCUGACAAAAAGAAACAGAGAGAAAGAGACAGCGGGCGUAUGAGAGAGCCGAUGAGCAUGGCUCAAAACCAAACAGCUCUGUGUGUCACACUCGAAUACAUCGCAUCCACAGCUAGGACCUAGGCGCGGAUCGUCGCUUUCAAGACAAGCGCAACAUCGGAGAGAGAUAUUACGCAUGGUUCUGAUAGAGAAUGAAUGCGCCGCUGUAUCCAGCAAUCCCAAAACGCCGGGUUGGUCUCAUUUUGCCACCAUUAGAGCAUCACUUGAAUUACCAUAAGGGAGCGACGAGAACCGAGCACAGUAGAAACAACGUCUUUACAACUGAGGAAUAAGAGAUUUUGCUCAAAUGAUUGAAUAAUUUACUUUUGAUCAAAAUCCAAAUAUUUUCAUUUAUUUGGAGGUGUAAUUCUAAGGACACAUAUAUUAAAGCACUUUGAUAGCCAUCAUUAGGUCUACUUGGAUUUGAUCAUAUUGACACUUUGUUAGUAAUCAUGAUGGAAACUGCUUCAAAAGCGCGUCGGCUGUCCAAUGUGUCCAACGUGUCCAAUAUGUCCACGUCCAGCGCUGGGACUGAGGUAGGACAGAGCGAUGUUCAGAUUUGGGGGGACAGACCUUUACCUGUCGACUACCUUGGUGACAUCUCAAUCCUGGAUGAAGGGAGAUGGUCUAACUCUGGCGUGAAGAAACAUCACCACAAGCACAACCUGAAGCACCGCUACGAACUGCUGGAGACAUUGGGGAAAGGGACAUACGGCAAAGUGAAGAAAGCCAUCGAGAGACAAUCCGGCAAAGUGGUGAGUUUUAGCCAACGGCUAAUCUCCAAUGGAACUUGGUGUGUUACAACAAGUGAAUAACACCAUUAUAAUGUAGUUUGUGAUUUAAGAACAUCAACAUACAACGAAUGACAACUGAAUAUAGUGAUAUUUUGGUGUUUUAUUGAUAAAUAUUCAUAAACACAUGUUUAUGGUGUGUCAAUCAGAAAUCCCAAGGUCACUAUAGUCAGUGUCAACUCGCGCACCCUGAUGAUGCCACGUGGGAUUUCAGCUUUCCAAUUUAAAGUCAGUAAUGAGCCGAUUUAAUGUUGUUUUAUGGCCAUAAUUACACACUUGGUUUCAGGAGACAAAAUCAGUUGUAUUGCCUCAGAGGUCACACUGCUUAUACAAGAUGAGUCAAAGGUCAGUUUAAAAAUACAUUGGGGUCCAUGUAGCUAAAUUAAGUUUAUAUUUAUAACAUGUGUUUUCAGUGUUACCAGACCUCAGAAGAAUGAGUCUCUUGUCUAAUUCUGUUGACUUUAACUUAUGAGUUUUGAUGAGCUGAGAUGCAUGAAUAAAAGUAAAAAUGUUUUGUCCCACUGAACAUGCACUGACAAAUCCAUUUAAUGAUCCACCUUGAACCACCUGUAGCCAUGAGGUGAAUUAUAGUGAUCAUAUUUCAGGUAUUUUGUUGACUAGCACUAAAAUAGGUCUAGUGGGUUACUCAGCCUCUGUACUGUGUGAAGAGACAGUGGGAGAGAGAGCGCGAGCGAGAACCACACACACUUAAAGAGAGAGCAGAGAAAGAGAGAGAUGCUGAGGGUAUUAUUUGACCUCUGGUCACCCCCUGGCUGGGCAACUAGAACUAUCCAAGUGUGAGGUAUGCAGGAGGAAAGUAGCCAGUCUGGUGGGUGUGUUUCCUCGGACUGACUAACACCUAGCUGUGAAGGAAGCAGAGGCUCUUGGAGGGGUUACGUGUGGGGUGCAGACACACACACACAAACCCACAUAGAUGUAUACACACACACACACACACAAGCCGAGAAGUUCUCACUUGGUCGCUGUAUUGAUGAGGUACCUAAUGACUUCAAACUGUAUGAACAGAAUGAAGACGAGAGAGAGAGAGACAGAGAGAGAGAGAGGGGGGGAAAGGCUACAUUCUCACUGGUUAUCCUGAGUAGCCAAGAAGAGCAGACACCACAUAUAUACCGUACCCUUCUGUGUGGGCUUUGUCAGGCAUAGAAAUGCCUCCCUGUCCAUGUGUAAGAGGUCUGGAGACAUGACUGGUUUAGGACACCCUGCUUACUAGACAGAGAGAGAGAGAGAGAAUGAGCCAGUGAGUGUGAACACACAGACAAUACAAACAGAAGUCUGGAUGGAAUAGUUUGGGGAUUUUUAGGCCUUGGUGACUCAUUGAGAUUAGUUGCUAUAAAACCACCAGCAUAGCGUACAGUCUCCUGGCUGCUACCAUGCAAGAGCAUUCAGUCUCCUGGCUGCUACCAUGCAAGAGCAUUCAGUCUCCUGGCUGCUACCAUACAAGAGCAUUCAGUCUUCUGGCUGCUAACAUACAAGAGCAUUCAGUCUCCUGGCUGCUACCAUGCAAGAGCAUUCAGUCUCCUGGCUGCUACCAUACAAGAGCAUUCAGUCUUCUGGCUGCUACCAUUCAAGAGCAUUCCGUCUCCUGGCUGCUACCAUGCAAGAGCAUUCAGUCUCCUGGCUGCUACCAUGCAAAAGCAUUCCGUCUCCUGGCUGCUACCAUGCAAAAGCAUUCAGUCUCCUGGCUGCUGCCAUACACGAGCAUUCAGUCUCCUGGCUGCUACCAUUCAAGAGCAUUCAGUCUCCUGGCUGCUACCAUGCAAGAGCAUUCCGUCUCCUGGCUGCUACCAUACAAGAGCAUUCAGUCUCCUGGCUGCUACCAUGCAAAAGCAUUCAGUCUCCUGGCUGCUGCCAUGCAAGAGCAUUCAGUCUCCUGGCUGCUACCAUACAAGAGCAUUCAGUCUUCUGGCUGCUACCAUUCAAGAGCAUUCAGUCUCCUGGCUGCUACCAUGCAAGAGCAUUCAGUCUUCUGGCUGCUACCAUACAAGAGCAUUCAGUCUCCUGGCUGCUGCCAUACAAGAGCAUUCAGUCUUCUGGCUGCUAACAUACAAGAGCAUUCAGUCUCCUGGCUGCUACCAUGCAAGAGCAUUCAGUCUUCUGGCUGCUACCAUACAAGAGCAUUCAGUCUCCUGGCUGCUACCAUGCAAAAGCUUUCCGUCUCCUGGCUGCUACCAUGCAAGAGCAAGGUAGAGUGGGACUCUGAGUCAGUCAAUCAUGAUACACAUGGUUGAGUCGCCAUUAGUGUGUACGUCUAAUCUGUUGUGUCUGUCUGUCUGACUGACUGAACAUUUGUGUACCCACCAUGAACCUUUUUUCCCUAUAGAGACAUAAAGCACAGUCAUAUGGUGGAGGGUUGAGAGAGCCUUUAGAUUGAAUGUUAUUUAAUUAUGCCACUUUCCCUGGCCUGGUCUGGUCUGGUCUGGUAAUGUUGUUAUCAAGGCAGUGAGAGGAGCAGGUUGACAGGGUCAGCCAAGCAGCAGGAAGGGAACACUUCUAUGUUGACCUGUCAGGGGAGUGUGUGUAAGUGUGUGUGAGUGUGUGUGAGUGUGUGUAAGUGUGUGUGUGUGUGUGCGUGUGUUCUGCGGCAGCUUCUCUGAAUAGAUAGCUAUUUCAGAGAAAGGUCUAAGGAGAGAGAGAGAGAGACAGCGAGAGAGGGAGGGGGGGGGGGGGGGGGGGGGGGGGGGGGGGGGGGGGGGGGUGGGGGGGGGGGGGGGGGGGGGGGGGGGGGGCUGUGUGUAGCUGCUGUGUUAGUCUGGUGUGUACAUCACAAUAAAUCCCCCAGUAGGAUCUCUCCUCUCAUCAUUCUCAUCAACCCUGUGUUUACCAUUACCUCUAAUGACCAUGCUGUGAAUAGCAGCGCCUGCUAUGGAGAGCCUCCUGUCCACUCCACUGUACUGACGCAGGGCAUACCUUUUCCCUAAACAGCCUGCCUGUAAACCAACACACCUGGUUCCUACCACAGACAAAGCCCUGGUCUGUAUGUGUGACAGUGAUAGCGCUUCUUCUUCUCUUAUACCCCGAGGCUAAAGAGCACACACGAACGAACACACACACACACGCUUGCACACACACACACACACACCCACACACACACACACUGCACCAAAACACACAGAAACACACACACCCACGCACACGCACACACACACAGUACACCCCACUGAGCCCAGUCAGCCAGCUGUUGUAUGGCCCAAACGGUGGUUGUGACUAACGAUCCAUAACCCUGGGCUGGAGGGGUAAGGGUGUGUCCAUCCUGUCUACCCAGAUGUACAGUAGGCAGGGAUCACCAUUCACUAUCACCACAAUAGACUAUUCAUGAGUUUAGGGAUGCGUCCCAAAUGGCACCCUUUGGUCAAAAGUAGUGCACUAUAUAGGGAAUAGGGUUCCAUUUGGGACACACACUAGACUUUCACUGUAAUGAAGGAAGGACUGAGAACCUAUUCAAUAUAGUUCUGUUCUCUGUAUUGCCUUUAAUAACUUGCAAUAUGCAACUGUAACCACAUUCUACGCUCCGUUUAUAACCCAUUUAACAUUUUACGCUCCGUUUAUAACCCAUUUAAAACAAACACAACUUAUAUUUAAGUUGAACACAACCAUAUCACACGAUUUGUAACCAUAAUACAUGAUUUGUAACCAUAAUACAUGAUUUACAACCAUAUCACACGAUUUGUAACCAUAAUACAUGAUUUACCACCAUAAUACAUGAUUUACCACCAUAAUACAUGAUUUGUAGACAUCCAAGGCACCAUUGUUUUUCAACAGUGUUGAGUCUAGAGGCAAACACCUUAGUAGCUAGCUAGCCACACUUUGUUAGGAAAGUGGAAAUCCAAUUUAACACAUACAGGGCAUUAACAAUACUAAUAUUAUUACACAUGAUGUAAUAGAGUCUUAUCAGACGUGUUGCAUAAUGUCCUGAUACAGCUGCUGCCAGCCUCCCACUAUGUCUUUUUGGGACGGGGGGAAUUUUUCACUUCCAUACACUUGACUGUGUUCCAAAUGGCACCCUAUUCCCUAUAUAGUGUACUACGUUUGACUAGCUCUGGUGAAAAAUAGUGCACUAUAUAGGGAAUAGGGUGCCAUUUGUGACACAUAGUUUGUCAAAAGGGGCGAUAAAAACUCUUCUCCCUAAAAAGGAGUGAUGGAUAUGGUGCCAUGAGUGACGCAGGGAAUAAGGAAGUACAUCUCACCGGAACUUCCUGUCCCUGUCGGCUGACUCAUAACCCACACACAACCUGUCAAUUGAGCCCACUGCUAUGGUGAACCCCACAAAUGACCUUAAAACAGUCACAGAGAUAGGGUCUAUGCUGGGGAUAUUUGCUGGGGAUAUUUCCUGUCCCAUUUAGCAAGGCUAAUGUCAUUCCACGAGUGACGUGUGGAACCAGCAGGGUCUGUUUGAGACACUGUAGAGCAGUGGUUCUCAACUCCAGUCCUCCAGUACCCUCAACAGUACACAUUAUGUAGAGCAGUGGUUCUCAACUCCAGUCCUCCAGUACCCUCAACAGUACACAUUAUGUAGAGCAGUGGUUCUCAACUCCAGUCCUCCAGUACCCUCAACAGUACACAUUAUGUAGAGCAGUGGUUCUCAACUCCAGUCCUCCAGUACCCUCAACAGUACACAUUAUGUAGAGCAGUGGUUCUCAACUCCAGUCCUCCAGUAUCCUCAACAGUACACAUUAUGUAGAGCAGUGGUUCUCAACUCCAGUCCUCCAGUACCCUCAACAGUACACAUUAUGUAGAGCAGUGGUUCUCAACUCCAGUCCUCCAGUAUCCUCAACAGUACACAUUAUGUAGAGCAGUGGUUCUCAACUCCAGUCCUCCAGUACCCUCAACAGUACACAUUAUGUAGAGCAGUGGUUCUCAUCUCCAGUCCUCCAGUACCCUCAACAGAACACAUUAUGUAGAGCAGUGGUUCUCAACUCCAGUCCUCCAGUACCCUCAACAGUACACAUUAUGUAGAGCAGUGGUUCUCAACUCCAGUCCUCCAGUACCCUCAACAGUACACAUUAUGUAGAGCAGUGGUUCUCAACUCCAGUCCUCCAGUAUCCUCAACAGUACACAUUAUGUAGAGCAGUGGUUCUCAACUCCAGUCCUCCAGUACCCUCAACAGUACACAUUAUGUAGAGCAGUGGUUCUCAACUCCAGUCCUCCAGUACCCUCAACAGUACACAUUAUGUAGAGCAGUGGUUCUCAACUCCAGUCCUCCAGUACCCUCAACAGUACACAUUAUGUAGAGCAGUGGUUCUCAACUCCAGUCCUCCAGUAUCCUCAACAGUACACAUUAUGUAGAGCAGUGGUUCUCAACUCCAGUCCUCCAGUACCCUCAACAGAACACAUUAUGUAGAGCAGUGGUUCUCAACUCCAGUCCUCCAGUACCUGUAUUUAUGUGGCUCUCAAGACAUUGGGAGUCACACACACACACACACACAGCUGUGUAAAAUGGAACAUCUAUUUGUAUCUAGCCUCAUAUAGCAUCUGUUGUCUCCAGUGGGCUGGCUGCGUGUCCUUCCAUAAACCUAGUUUCUCUCUUCAAGGUUGUGGUACUACUUCACCAUCCAUCCUCUCCUCCUCCUCCUCCUCCUCCUCUGAGAGAGAGAGAGAUAUUCUUGAGGGUCUUGGCCCAGUUAGAGACACAGCCAGGUUAUUUUCCACUACCAGAGGACGGGACACUGCUGAUGAGCUUUAUGUAAGACCUAGAAAAAUCUAAGGUUUAUGAGCACAUAAGAGCUAAAUAGUAUUUAUUUCCUCUCGCAGGGGACUGGACAAGUUUUACGACUCUUACAAGACCUGAAACUAUAAAGAGUUUGCAAACAUAAGAACAAAAGUGAAUUGACCACACACAAGUGAGAAUAUACCACAGAGAUAAACUAUGAUACAGUAUUACUUUUGCGGUAAAUUCAUCUCUUCCUAUAGCCGCUGUAUCUGUGGAGCGUCAUGAGUCUGGCAAUCGAGAAUAAUACUAUGUUGAAGACCUGAGACAUGCACCAUGCUGCUCCUCUGAUCUCACUGACACAGGGGAGGAUAAGCCAUUGGGGGAGACCAUUCUGCUAAACGCUGAGCUGUUGUAUUGAUCCAGUAUUGAUCAUCUGUUAGUUUCUCGUGACAGAUGAUAACAUUUAAACGUUAAGUCUGUUAAUGUCAUCAGGUCCUGUCAAAAUACAAGGGUCACUCCAACACAACAUGUCCACAGUGGACUCAGAUAACUGUGUGUGUGAAGUCCUCUGCGGUCACGCUCUAAUCAGUGAUCACAUUUCUGUUGUGUGAUCUGUCGUCAGUGUGUGAUGAUGUGAUGUUCUCUCUCUCUCUUCUGUCAGGUGGCCAUUAAGUCCAUCAGGAAGGAGAAGAUCAAGGAUGAUCAGGACAUGGUUCACAUCCGCAGAGAGAUCGAGAUCAUGUCCUCCCUCAAACACCCUCACAUCAUCUCCAUCUAUGAAGGUAGGUCUGAGAGAGAGAUGGAGCGAGAGAGAGAAAGAGAUGGAGAGAGAGACAGAGAGAGAGAGAGACGGAGCGAGAGAGAGAGAGAGACAGAGCGAGAGAGAGACGGAGCGAGAGAGACAGAGCAGUGAGUGUGUUCAUUUGUUUGCCUUUGCUCAUACUGCACUGUAAAGCGAGUCAGAAGGGAACAUUGGAGAGAUUCCACUGAAGAUUCCUCAUCCCUCUGUCUCCACUAUCGCCAAGCGCAACAUCUGUGGAUGUUUACUAUGAUGUCGGCUGCUUACUUAGGAACAGGGAACACACACACGACUGAGAGACCAAGUGUUACCCAAAACAAAGCCAAAUAACACCCUUAAUAACUAAGGCCUCAUUCCACUGACUUUGUACUCAAAUAGCAGAAAUAUAAUUUUAUUUGUAUAUUAAGUACAUCUGUCUGGAUAAUUUGAACAUUGAGUAUAUUUGGAUGUGAAGGCUGUCAGUGUAUUGGUGCCUUGCUGGUGUGUGUCUAUCAUUGUGAAACCACAUAGGUUCUUUGAGGGCAGGCAGCAGUACCAUCUCUGUGUUCUGCACAGUAUCUGUCAUCAACUGUUCAACAGAGUCUUUAAAGGAUGAAUACUACAUUUGUUUAUUGUUUUGGUUUGGACCGAGCCCAGAAAGCCCUGGAAACCUAUAGACACACACUUAAUAAAGUUUAUAUGGCCUCGUCCCGGUGUCACCUGAAUAAACGUCCCCCUGCGUUAGGUAAAGCAGAAGCAUAUGUAUAGAUGGUUCCUAGUGAUGUACAUCCACUCUGGGAUUGAGCAGCAGUCAGCAGCAUGUUGGAAGGAGGUUUUAAGUGCGUCACCAUGCUUCUUAGAUCAUCACUUAGAACCUAAUUUGGCCCAAGACUGAGAGAGGGGAGAGGGAUGGAGAGAGAGAGAGAGACAGAGACAGAAACAGAGAGAGAGAGAGAGAUGACACAAAGAGAAAAGAGAGAGAGAGAGAGAGAGAGAGAGAGAGAGAUGUCAAUAGAUAGAGUUGGGAAAAGAAAGAUAAGAAAAAAAGAGAUCGAAUAAAGAGAUAGAGAAAGAGUUUAUACUGUAUCCAGUUCUGCAGGCCUAUGUGACCCUUCACAGUGGCAGGGUUGGAGACAUGAUGUAUCCAGUUCUACAGGCCUAUGUAACCCUUCACAGUGGCAGGGUUGGAGACAUGAUGUAUGCAGUUCUGCAGGCCUAUGUGACCCUUCACAGUGGCAGGGUUGGAGACAUGAUGUAUCCAGUUCUACAGGCCUAUGUAACCCUUCACAGUGGCAGGGUUGGAGACAUGAUGUAUGCAGUUCUGCAGGCCUAUGUGACCCUUCACAGUGGCAGGGUUGGAGACAUGAUGUAUGCAGUUCUGCAGGCCUAUGUGACCCUUCACAGUGGCAGGGUUGGAGACAUGAUGUCUUUGGACCCCCAGUAUUUUGGGGCCUGA